AUGUCAAGUGUGACGAGACAAAGCCAAUCUGUCAACGCUGCAGCACCAAAGGCUACAGGCGGGACAUCACAGAGACGUCUGCUUCCUCGUGCCUGCAUCCCGCCUGCCAUAGGUUCAGCUAAUGGUGCCGAAAACGCCCUCCUACACCAUGUCCGGACAUGUGUCGUUGAGGACAUAGCCGCGUCCCGGCCAUCAGACUUUUGGUACGGCUACGCACUCCCACUUUCGCACUCCACGGCGGCCAUCAACCAUGCUCUAUGCGCGCUAGGUGCAGCACAUCGAUACUUUGUGAGCGAUCCUUGCAAUCCUGGUCAUGCGCAGUCCACGACUGUGUUUUGCACCGAAUCCAUGCAGCGCUACAAUGAUGCCAUCGCAGCCUUGAAUCCGCUUCUGUCCUCUGAAAACACUGCGCAUUUUGACGUUGUCCUCAUCUGCUGUGCCAUCUUUAUAACCAUUGAAAAUUUGAAUGGGCGCAGUGCCGAAGCCGCGCGUCAUCUGCGCGCUGGCUGCAACAUUGCCAAGCGCUUCCGCUCGAGACAGACGAGCGCCACGACGGCGCUCAUUGGCCGCGACAGCAUUGACAAUCUCUUAUUCACUCUCCAAGACAUGUUCUAUUGUUUCGGGCAGUACCUGGCCAUGUACAUUGGCGUCGACGCCUUUGCCGAUCUCGACUUCAACGUACCAAUAAUCAGCAUGGGCGAUCCCAAUGUACCUUUUACAAGCCUCAAGGAGGCGGAGAUGAAAUUUCGAAAUAUCGACCAGACAUUCAAUACAAGGAUGUGGCAAGCAAAAGCCUACUCGCCGCAACCCGUCAACAUAGAAGAAAUCUUUGUCGACACUACGGGGAGCAUUGAGAGCCGGGCACCUGCAAUGAAUGGCGAUAUGAGAACUGCGGCAAAGAUUGCUGCGCGAUCAGACCUUGCUGUCUGGCGUCAGCGAUUCCAGCCACUUGCGCAGCAGAAACAAAAUGUCCGCCAAAUUGCAGCCCUGGACUUGGACUAUGCAGUCUGGCAUAUCAUAGCCAAAGCCAUCGAUUACAGCGAAGACUUUCCCAGUGCAGAAUGCGAAAAGAUUUUGAGCAUAGCCGAGGAAAUAAUAUCCAUGGACGCAGCGAGAGGCCAUCCGCGAUUCACCUUUGACGGGAAUAUGAUCUGGGCGCUGUUUUACAUCUGCUUUGGUACCAAAGACGUCGCCAUACAUGCGCGGUGCCUCGAGCUCUUGCGUCGCGCGAACCGAAGAGAGGGCGUCUGGGACAGCUGCGAUGUUGCCGCCAUUUGCGAGACUGCAAUCAAGGCGCUUAACAGCAACACGCUGACUUGGAGGGAUAUACCCCAUGGCAUUUUGACAUUGGCAGAGAUGCUGCAUAUUGACCUGCAGGGCUUUUCAUUGCAAAGCAUGAGAGACAUUGAAGUCGAGGCAGCCAAGAGGAAAUGUUGA